AUGUCACCGAAAUUCAAGGUUGCAAUCUGCGGAGGAGGAAUCAGUGGUCUUUGCCUUGCCGUAGCUCUGUCAAAAUUUGCAGAUAUUGAAUUUCACGUCUACGAAGCGGCAGAGCGUUUCAAAGAGAUUGGAGCCGGAGUCAUGAUAUGGACGAGAACGUGGACUAUUCUUGAGCUUAUGGGCCUUGCUGAGGAAUUCUCAAGAAUCGCGCACGCACCUCCAGACGGCUCUCUUGGCGUCGGAUUUGACUUCAGGAAGUCCGACCAAUCAGCGGAAGGGUUCCGCUUCCAUCUUGUUGAAGUUCCCCAUGGCUGUAUUCGCUUCCAUAGGGCGGACUUCCUCGAUGUAUUCGUAAACAGUCUUCCAAAGGGUGUCACCUCCUUUCGGAAACGACUCUUAUCUUACACCCCUACUGACAAUGGGAUUACCCUCUUAUUCCAUGACGGUGACAAGGCUAUAUGCGAUCUUCUGGUUGGAUGUGACGGGAUAAAAUCCGUUGUUCGGAGCCAGCUAUUUGAGUCAUUAUCUGGUAACGAUGAACGGAACUUACGUGGUUUUAUUGAUCCUGUUUUUACUGGCAUUACGGCAUACCGUGGCCUAAUUUCUGCUGAUCGACUACCAAAGAAUAAAGACGGAAGCCCUCACAAUGCAGUAGAAAGGCCCAUGAUGUAUUGCGGGAAAAGCAAGGCUAGUGCUCCUCAUGUCGUCAGCUAUUCCAUUGCACAAGGGAAAAUCGUCAAUGUCAUCACGUUCGCAUCCGACAGGCAGAAGGAGAAUUCGGAAUACAAAGGCGCUUGGGUAUCAGAAUGCUCAAGGCAAGAGCUUCUAGAUUGCUAUUCAAACUGGGAACCUGAAGUUCAGACCCUGCUACAGUUUAUAGAGAAACCUACCAAAUGGGCGUUACACCACCUCAAGCCGCUUCCUACCUACGUAUCGGCCAACAUUGCGCUUGUUGGAGAUUCUGCGCACGCUAUGCUUCCCCAUCAAGGCGCUGGCGCCGGGCAAGCUAUCGAGGAUGCAUAUGUACUAGCUCAGAUUCUAGGAAGUUCUAUGUGUACUCGGAAGACCUUGGCUUACGCACUCAAAGCAUACGAGUAUGUCCGUCUCCCGAUGGCAAACGACGUUCUGCAAGGUUCAAGAGACUCAGGCUUGAUGUAUGAAUUUGACUAUCCAGGCCUUGGAGAACACUAUGCUGCCCUGGGGCCAGUUAUUCAGAGCCAAUGGGACUGGGUGUGGGCGAGUCAUCCUGAGGAAGAAGUGGGAAAAGGGAUAGCACACUUUAGAGCAAGUCUUCAACAGUGA